GAGAAAGAAAUCCCAUUCCUCACAGAGACAACAAAAGAAGAAAACAGAGACAGAGAUGGGAAGCUCUACAGGAGUCGGAUUCAUGGCGGUUUUCGCAGUCUCAGGGAGCAUAGCUCUCUUGACUCUUCAAGUUCAUAAACGUCUCCUCUCUCAAUUUAUGAAGAAGGUUGAACUUGAGUUUGCCGGUACAGUAAAAUGUCAAAGACAGAAGAAAAGGGUUCGAUUCGCAGACGAUGUGGUUGAGCCAUCAUCAAACAACAAAGAGUACAGAGAGAAUCAUAUAAGAGCAAUGGUAUCAAAGAUGAACGGGUUAUAGAGUAUAAAGCACUCAAAGGUUGCUCUGUUUACAAUUGUUAA